AGAAGUUUGCAUGUGAGAAGUAAAGAGAAUGUGGAACGAUGACGCUUGGCACGAGGGAGCAACCACUUAUUACCAAAUGUUAUUCUUCAAUUCACCGGCUUUAAACCCUCUUGAUAUGCUGCAAAAACCGAAAGAAUAAAAGUGAAUUAAUUAUAAAAAAAAACUUCUUUGCUUUGAUUCUUUGUCUUCUUCUUCAGUCUUUAUCAUCUUCUUCUAAGAAAAGAUAAUUAAGACAGAGAGAAAUGGGAGAUGCAAAUGUUGAUGGGAAGUGUAAAAUGAUGUCUGCAUGUUCCUCAGCAAAACUCUUUCUCUUCAUGGUUCCUCUUGUUGUCGUCUCUGGUUUCCUCUUUGUAAAUCCAACAUCUUUCUUGACAUCUUUGUCCACUAAUCAAAUAUCUCCUCCUCUUCCUUCUUAUCCAUCUCUGCCUCCGGCGGCACCAUCUCCGUCGCCACCAACAUCAUCUUUAUCAACUAACGCGGAAUCUAUUCAGGGUAACUACAAUCGGACAAUUCAAUUGAACCCUACCAACAUUGCUUCAACGAGUAGUAACGUCACCUCUACGGCAUCAUUGAAACUAAUGAAGAAAAAGAGUUAUCAGCAAUAAUCAACAACCCGUUGGUGAAGAUUGUGUUUUAUACAUUCAUAACAUUCUACAUCAACUAAAUAAAUAUUGAAUACAAUCGAACUGAAUUCACAGAAGGCUCGAGUCGCCAUUAAAGCCGCUUCGAUGAACGAUCCCCUGGACGACCCGGAUUAUGCACCUCUUGGCCCGAUGUAUUGGAAUGCCAAGGCCUUUCAUCGGAGCUACUUGGAAAUGGAGAAACAGUUCAAAAUAUUUGUUUACAAAGAAGGUGAGCCACCGUUGUUCCACGAUGGUCCAUGCAAAAGCAUAUACUCUAUGGAAGGAAACUUCAUCUACGAGAUGGAAACAAAUACACGUUUCCGUACCAAUAAUCCAGAAAAGGCCCACGCCUUUUAUUUACCUCUCAGUGUUGUCAAGAUGGUAAGAUAUGUGUAUGAACGCGACUCUCACGAUUUCAGCCCCAUUCGAAAAACCGUCAGGGACUACAUUGAUCUUGUGGGCGAUAAGUACCCGUAUUGGAACCGUAGCAUCGGAGCUGACCAUUUCAUACUGUCUUGCCAUGACUGGGGUCCUGAGGCAAGCUUUUCUCAUCCACAUCUAGGACAAAACUCUAUACGAGCUCUAUGCAAUGCCAACACGUCGGAGAGAUUCAAACCGAGAAAAGAUGUCUCCAUACCUGAGAUCAACCUACUAACAGGUUCCUUAAAAGGACUAGUCGGUGGCCCAUCACCUUCCAGCCGUCCGAUCCUUGCCUUCUUCGCAGGAGGUGUACACGGACCGGUAAGGCCGGUCUUGCUCCAACAUUGGGAGAACAAAGAUAGUGACAUUAGAGUACACAAAUAUCUACCUAAAGGAACGUCUUAUUCGGACAUGAUGCGGAACAGUAAGUUCUGCAUAUGUCCGAGUGGUUACGAGGUUGCUAGCCCUAGGAUCGUCGAGGCGCUUUACUCGGGGUGUGUUCCGGUUUUGAUAAACUCAGGUUACGUUCCUCCUUUCAGCGAUGUGUUGAAUUGGGCAUCGUUUUCGGUUAUUGUUUCCGUGGAGGACAUACCAAAUUUGAAAACGAUCUUGACGUCGAUAUCUCCUAGACAGUAUCUAAGGAUGUACCGGAGAGUGUUGAAGGUUAGGCGGCACUUUGAGGUGAACUCUCCGGCUAAGAGGUUUGAUGUGUUUCAUAUGAUUCUUCAUUCUAUUUGGGUAAGGAGGUUGAAUGUGAGGAUCCGUGAGGUAUAAGUUUACGGGUGGGUUUGUAGAUUUUUGUUUGUUUGGGGUGUGAAAUGAAAAUAAUCGAAAAUGUCAGGGAAAUUGUUCUUGUAUAAAUGUUUUCAGGUCAAAUAAGCUCAAUGUUUUUCUUCAUUAAUUUUGUAAUACUCCCUCUGUUUUUUAUUGUAAGUAGUUUAAGCAAAAUUUGUUUGUUUCAAAAUAUAAAUAGCUUUCAUAAUUUUAAGUAACUUUUACUUUUA